AUGGAUCAAACUUCUUUUGCAGGAUUGCUUAAUCUCUUAUCCAACCACUUUCUCUUAUUUUUACUUUUACCUCUGAUAUUCUUUAUCAUCCUCAAGUAUAUUAGUUCACCAUCUUCUCCAAGUAAGUCCCUUCCACCUGGUCCAAAGCCAUGGCCUAUCAUAGGCAACAUUCUCCAUAUGGGGAAUCAGCCUCAUCUCUCACUGGCGAAAUUGGCCAAAAUUCAUGGCCCUAUUAUCUCACUAAGGCUUGGCAUUCAACUCCUUGUUGUUGGGUCAUCUCCAGAGGCAGCAGUUGAAAUUCUCAGAACACAUGAUCGAUUGCUCUCGGCUCGACAUAUACCUAAACAGUUUCCUUAUGAAAGCCAUGUCCUUAACCACAUAGCCCUUAUCUGGUCUAGUGAAUGCACCGAGAGAUGGAAAUGGUUACGAGCCUUAUGUAAGGCUGAGCUAUUUUCAGCCAAAGCAAUGGAGUCACAUGCCCCUUUGAGAGAGAAGAAAGUUGGCGAGAUGGUGGAAUUUUUGGGAGCCAGGGAAGGAGAAACUGUUGAGAUCGCAGAAGUGGUGUUUAACACUGUUUUUAACAUGCUGUCUAAUCUCUUAUUCUCAAAGGAUCUUGCUGGUUUGGAAGAGAAAGGGGUGUUGGGUAGUGGAUUAAAGAGUCAUAUUCGCAAGAUGAUCAUGUUGCUUGCUACACCUUAUAUUGCUAAUUUUUAUCCUGUAUUUGCAGGGUUGGAUCUUCAAGGUCUAAAAAGAAGUUCGACAAUUGUUUAA